UUCAAACGGAAACAGCCAAAGUCUUGGGGCAUCACUCAUCUGAUUGGGCGCCUUUGUUCUUUCAAAUCGAGGUGUCCCCUCGCCUUUAUUGGCAUCAACGGGCCCCAGGGGGAGAAGACAUCUUUUACAGUAAUGCUUCACUCCUGCGAGGACUUAAACUGCUGUGAUAAUGGAGUCAUAAUCUAAGGAAAGAUGGCCCAGGCCUGUCAGAGACAUGACAAAGCAAACAGGCUGAGGGAAGAAGUGAGCUGCAUGCUGGUUGGUGAUGGAGCCGUGGGGAAGACCAGCAUGAUCAUCAGUUAUAUCUUCAAUGGAUACAACAGCGAGUACAGACAAACAGCUUUUGAUGUUUUCACUGGUUUGGUUCAUGUGAAUGGAAUUCCAACUCGUAUCAAGCUGAUAGAUACUGCAGGCCAGGAGGAGUUUGGACAUCUUCGCUCUCUGUGCUAUGCCCAUGUGGAUGUCUUCGUCCUCUGCUUCAGCCUUGUCAACCCUAUCUCCUUUGACAACAUCACCUCCAAAUGGAUCCCUCAGAUCCGUGCUGGCAACUCGACCUCUCCCAUACUUCUGGUCGGGACUCAGUCAGACCUUCGCCACAAUGUGGACGUCCUCAUCCACCUGGACCAGCGGAGCACCAAACCAGUGCACUUCAGUCGGGCCAGAAGGCUUGCACACAGGAUCAGAGCGCAUGACUAUGUGGAGUGUUCAGCUCUGACACAACACAACCUCAAAGAUGUGUUUGACCAUGCUAUAUUUGCUGCCAUCAAACACAAACACGCUGGCACAAACUCUAAAAAGCUCAGCCUGCUUAAACGUUUGAAGACCUUUUGUGACUGUAGGUGGAGGAAAAUAUUCAUCUGAAGUGGAAUCAACCGGUGGACUGAAUGUACUCAGCCUGGUGGACAUGGUCUGUUUGGGGACUUCUGGGACAAAUUAUGCAUUUUUAUUAUGUAGUGUGGAACCUGCUCUGACCUCCAUCCUGUAAGAAAUGUGACAAUCUCUAUCCAGAACUCAUUGCAUUAUAGGCUACAUAUUCUACUUUCCUGUCCUCGCUUUCAUGUUUUAUUUGUUGUUCAUAUUUUUGUGUGAUUGUGUGUGUGUUUAAGUUUUGUAAUAAAUGUACAGUGUUACACAUA